AUGGGAAUGGGUUCGAAAAUGGAAGGACCGUCUACCCCAGCUAAUCGCCGUGACCCAUACGAGGUAUUGUCCGUGUCGAGGGAUUCAACCGAUCAAGAAAUUAAAACGGCUUACAGAAAGCUUGCUCUGAAGUAUCACCCUGACAAAAAUGCCAGCAAUCCUGAAGCUUCGGAACUAUUUAAAGAGGUUGCGUAUUCUUAUAGUAUAUUGUCUGACCCAGAAAAGAGAAGGCAGUAUGACAGUGCUGGAUUUGAGGCACUUGAUGCUGAUAGCAUGGACAUGGAGAUUGAUUUGUCUAAUCUUGGGACGGUGAACACAAUGUUUGCAGCUUUAUUCAGCAAACUGGGUGUCCCUAUCAAAACUACCAUUUCAGCUAAUGUUCUUGAAGAAGCUCUGAACGGAACAGUUACAGUCAGACCCCUUCCAAUUGGAACAUCAGUCAGUGGAAAGGUAGACAAGCAAUGUGCUCAUUUUUUUGGUGUGACAAUAAACGAACAGCAAGCUGAGUCAGGCAUAGUAGUAAGAGUUACUUCAACUGCACAAAGCAAAUUCAAGUUGCUCUACUUUGAACAUGAUGUGAAUGGAGGCUAUGGUCUGGCAUUGCAGGAAGAUAGUGAGAAGACUGGCAAGGUGACAUCUGCAGGAAUGUAUUUCUUACAUUUUCAAGUGUACAGAAUGGAUUCAACUGUGAAUGCGUUAGCAAUGGCCAAGGAUCCUGAAGGGGCCUUCUUUAAAAGGUUGGAAGGUCUUCAGCCUUGUGAAGUCUCGGAACUAAAGCCUGGCACUCACAUAUUUGCUGUUUAUGGAGAUAACUUCUUUAAGACUGCUAGUUAUACUAUUGAGGCAGUAUGUGCAAAAUCAUAUGAAGAUACCACGCAAAAACUGAAGGAUGUUGAAGCUCAGAUUUUAAGAAAGAGGAAUGAGCUACGCCAGUUUGAAGCAGAAUACAGAAAGGCAUUGGCACGCUAUCAGGAAGUGACAGACAGAUACACUAAAGAAAAACAAUCUGUAGACGAGCUUCUGAAACAAAGAGAUGGUAUCCAUUCUUCCUUCACUAUUGUGAAGUCAACCAAUAUUAGUGGAAAUGGUAGUAAUUUGAGCAAUGGGAGUUCUAGCAAACUGACUGGUGAAGAGAGCCCUGGGGAAGAUGGAGGAUCAGAUGGGAAGGACAAUCAAUCAGCUUGGGUUGCGGUUGCAGUUGCAGUUGCAGUUUAUGUCUGGAAUGAUUUUCCUUUGCUUGGUUCCCGACAAGUUGGUUAA